GGACCACUUCCACCAAAACACUGAGGAGGAGGAGCCGAGUUUGUCAACAACUGUGCAAGAAUUGUGUGACAGGCAGCCAACUUCUUUAGCAUCGACCGAUUAAACUCUGAAGCUACAUUAAAUCAUCGCUUACCUGUCCAGUAGACAGGCCGUCUCAAUGCAUUACAGAGGACCGAAAACACCGAGGCGAUCAUGGAUGUGUACGAUUUGUUUAGUAGUUGCAGAAAGGGCGACAUUUGUAGAGUCAGAUACCUUGUUGAACAACGUGAUGUGGACCUCAAUGUAAGAGAUAAAUGGGACAGCACCCCUUUGUAUUAUGCUUGUCUCUGUGGUCAUGAGGAGCUGGUCCAGUACCUGUUGGCUAGUGGUGCCAAGUGCGAAGCCAACACGUUUGAUGGCGAGAGGUGUAUGUACGCCUGUCUAAAUGAAUCUGUUCGGCGCCUGCUCAAAGAUUAUAAGUGUAUCAGUGUCCGCGCCAUGCAGCGCGACGAUUUUAACUACUUUCUGCACAUGUUACUGGAGCAGGGUCAACACAGUGACGUCAAGUUCCAGGUUCAUGGACAAAUAUUUAUGGCCCACCGAUGUAUUCUCAGUGCACGCUCCGAGUACUUCACUGAUAUGUUUGAGACCAAAUGGAAAGGGAAGAGCUUGAUCACCCUCAAACACCCACUGAUCAACCCUGCAGCCUUUGGAGCCAUCCUGCAAUAUUCCUAUACAGGACGAAUGGAUAUUGAUGUAAGCCUUGUGGAAGACUGCAGACGACUUGCUAAACAGUGCAAAAUGGAAGAUCUAAUUGAGGAGUUGGAGAAUAAAUGCAAACAGGUGUAUGAAUAUGUGUCCAAUAAGCCAGGAAUUUGUGUGAAGGUUCUCAGCUUGGAGCCGCUCAGCUGUCAACUUCAGGAGGAGAUGGCUCAGUUAGCAGACUGCGCUCUUCCCAUUGAACUAAGAGUUGGAUUUGGUGAACUUCCCUUUAACAGAGUCGACCGCUUCCCUACUUAUCCUGACAUCUGCUUCAGAGUCGAUGGUUUCAACUUCUUGUGUCAUAAGGCGUUUUUCUGCGGACGUAGUGAUUAUUUUAAAGCCUUGCUGGAGGACCACUUCAGUGAGGGAGAGCAGCUGCAGUCCCAACCCAGCACCCCAGUGAUUACUUUACACAACAUUUCCCAUGAAAUAUUCAUCCACGUCAUGUAUUACAUCUACACCGAUGACACACAGCUAAUAACAGAGAUCGUGUUUGACGUGCUGUGCGUGGCUGACAUGUAUCUGCUGCCGGGGCUGAAGCGUCUUUGUGGGAAGGCGCUCGCGAAGACAAUAUGUGAGGACAACGUUAUGUGCAUGUGGAAGAUGGCAAAGCUUUUCCGUCUCUCUCGGCUGGAGGAUCACUGCACAGAGUUCAUGGCCAAGACCAUUGAGCGGAUGGUGGAGCAGGCCGAGUUCGCAGAGAUCAUCAAAGAGGAUGCUGCGUCGUUGGAGGAGCGGCACGAGACGGACUCUGUCCCUCUGGUGGACGAAAUCCGUUACCAUAUCGCCAGCAACGUGCAGACUUACAGCGAGAUUGAGGAGGCCAAUCAGAAACUGGAGGCCUUAGAGGAGCUGCUCUCCAGCAUCAACAUUGACUGCUAAGGGGGGUGACAGGUGGUGGCUGCAGCUGCUGUGCAGUUUGAAGUUUUUAAGAUGGAUGCUUUGGGAGAGGACAUGGUGGUGCAAACAUCUGUAGAGAGAGAAUAUGUCCGUCUGUAUGUUUGUAGGUUUUAUUUUAUUUACAUUAUAUUGUACAGAAUAUAUAUUUUCAAAUGAUGGUCAGAUGCAUAUUAAGAUCAUGUUCUUAAAUGUUUCUUCGACUGAGACAUAUCGAAAGAUAUUUGGUAGAAAGUACCAAGUUCUGCAAGAUGGGCUUUGAGGAAAUUAUGUAUGAUAUAUUUACAACAGAAUGUCUUUCAAUUACACAUGCAUGGAUUUAUUUUAAGGAUUAUUUGUAGCUGCUAUAAUUUAGAGUAGCUGUUAUUUAGUUUAAAUAUUAUUAAACUAUUAAACUAUAUAAAAAAUUUAGUUUAGUUUAAAAUGUACUUUGGCCUCAACAAAUUCAGCACCAGCCCUCAUAUCAAACUCCAUGUUAUUUUUAUGCUAAACAAAAGUCAAACAAGUGCAUGCCAUGCACUGGCUUGCACUUGAUAACAAUGGGUAAAAAGACUAAUGGUACAAUAUGUUCACUUCAUUCAUCCAGAAAAUAUUUUUAACCUGUAAAUCCUUAUUUUGAGUUACAAAGAAUAUAGUUUUAUUAUGUAUUUCAUGUGCAAAAGCAUCCAGUUUUUAUUUUGGAUUUGGCGGAUGAACUUCACCACACUUAUAAUUCUUACACUUAUUCUCCUGUAAAAUAUUCCUGCCCUUUGUUUAAACCUCAAAUGGAAAAAAAACAUUUCCUGCUGCCUUGUAUGACAAACCUCUCUUUCCCAAUGUGUGCACUAGGAAAAAAAGCUGUUACUAAACUGUUGGCAUGUUAAAUCCACCAUCACAAGGAACGAUUGAUAUAAUGUUGAAUGUUUCCGUCUCAGCCUGCUAAUAUAAAGAUAACUGCAUUUGCUUUUGGCAAUUAAACGUGGGAUUGCAAGCACAA